AUGCGCUGUCUAUCAACUCUGCUCGCCUGUCUGGCUUUCCUUCUGACCGCCUUACCAACAACAUACGCAAUAAAAUUCAACCUCCCCGCUGCCAAAUACCCCGCCGCAAAAUGUAUCUGGAAUGCUGCACAUCCCGGUGCACUGGUUAUCGUGACGGCCAACGCGGGACCGGGAGAGGGCAUGCGCGUGGACGUGGAGAUCAUCGAUUCGAGUCCGCAGAAGAACGUCUAUUUGAGUAAGAGGGAUAUCCGAGGGGAGACGAGAUUGGCGGUUACGGCGCACACGGAGGGAGAGGUUGGAGUGUGUUUCAAGAAUACCUUUGAUGGACGACCUGCGGAGAAGAAGAGGGAACCCAUGCGGGUCAUUGACCUCGAUGUAGACGUUGGCGCGGACGCCGUGGACUACAACGCCAUUGCGAAUCAGGAAUCACUCUCGGGUCUCGAAACGGAAAUGAGGAAACUCGAAGGAGUGGUGAAGGAGAUCGUAGAUGAGAUGAACUACCUUAAGAAGCGCGAAGAGCGCUUCUCCAGCACAAACGAGUCGACACAGGCACGGGUGGCAAACUUUGCAUGGUUCACCAUUUUCGCUCUCGUUGCUCUCGGUGUAUGGCAAAUAUUCCACUUGCGCGCAUUCUUCAAGCGCAAGUACCUCAUUGACUGA